GCGGUGGCGGCGGUGGCGGCGGUGGCGGCGGAGUCCGGCCCGAGGCGCGUGGGCUUCGUGGGCGCGGGCCGCAUGGCGGAGGCCAUCGCGCAGGGCCUCAUCCAAGCAGGAAAAGUGGAAGCUCAGCACGUGCUGGCCAGCGCGCCGACGGACAGGAACCUCUGCCACUUCCGGGCCCUGGGCUGCCAGACGACCCACUCCAACCGGGAGGUGCUGCAGAGCUGCUCCCUCGUCUUCUUUGCCACCAAGCCCCACAUCUUGCCGGCUGUCCUGGUGGAGGUGGCUCCUGUGGUCACCGCUGAGCACAUCGUGGUGUCCGUGGCUGCCGGAGUCUCCCUGAGCACCCUGGAGGAGCUGCUGCCCCCGAUGGCGCGAGUGCUGCGGGUCUCGCCCAACCUGCCCUGCGUGGUCCAGGAGGGUGCCAUGGUGAUGGCGCGGGGCCGCCAUGUCGGGAGCGGCGAGGCCGGGCUCCUGCGGACCCUGCUGGAGGCGUGCGGGCAGUGCGAGGAGGUGCCCGAGGCCCAGGUGGACGUCCACACUGGCCUCAGCGGCAGCGGUGUGGCCUUUGUGUGCGCCUUCUCGGAGGCCUUGGCCGAAGGAGCCAUCAAGAUGGGCAUGCCCAGUGGCCUGGCCCACCGCAUUGCCGCCCAGACCCUGCUGGGCACGGCCAAGAUGCUUCUGCAGAAGGGGCAGCACCCGGCUCAGCUGCGGACUGACGUGUGCACGCCGGGCGGCACCACUAUCUAUGGGCUCCACGCUCUGGAGCAGGGCGGGCUACGGGCAGCGGCCAUGAGCUCCGUGGAGGCUGCCACGUGCCGGGCCCGGGAACUCAGCAGGAAGUAGGGCGCAGGCACUGGGUGCAGACCAUGGCCACCCCCCAGCCCCUUCCCGAGGACUCGGGUUCUCUCCAGCCUGCAGGCCAGUGGAGGAGCUGCUUGAGGUCUGGGAGGAUGGGUGGAGGACAGGUCCUGGGCAGUGGGGAACACAGCGGGGUGUGGGCCCCUCUCCAGACCCUGAGCUCGUGGCAAGUGGCAGGUGGAGCUGGUCCUGAUGACCCUUCCCUGGGUCAAGAGUCCUGGAGGGUCCCAUGGCCUGGCCUCUGACUGCAGGAUUUGGUUCUUAGCAUGUCUGCGAAAGGACCAACAGGCCAGGAAAGCCAGCAACUUGGGGCCCUAAGCAAGGACGAGGGGCCUCCGGGUGCGGGACAGGCUACCUGCAGCCCAAGGCUCACAGGGGCCUCCCCACCCCACAUGGGCCCCAGUGCUGGAGCCCCUUCCUUCCACCCACCAGCUAUGAGGCUUGCGGCAAAGUGAUCCCGCAUCUGUAAACAGGGCUUACGCGGCAGCCUGCCCCUCGCUGCCCGCACAGCCCUGAGCCCCCCCCCCCCCACUCCAGGCUUCAUCGGCGGCUGGCCCUCAGCCAGCAACUGCUCAUCUGACCCUGGCCCUUCCACCUGCUAGAAGGCUCAGCCCGAGUCCCUUUCAGCACCCUUUUUUUCACUUUUGAAUCGGGAAUAAAGACGCUGUCCUGUA